UUUCGCUCGUUCAGUUCAGUUCAGCCGGCGAGGGAGCGCACACCGGCCGCAGCUUGUCAAACCGAUUAAAAGAACAAAUUAAAAAAUAAACAUGAGGGAAAUUGUGCAUCUCCAGGCCGGACAGUGCGGGAACCAGAUUGGAGCUAAAUUCUGGGAGAUCAUAUCCGAGGAGCACGGCAUCGACCCUCAGGGCGUCUACAAGGGCACCAGCGACCUCCAGCUCGAGCGCAUCUCCGUCUACUACAAUGAGGCCUCUGUUGCGUGCGCGGAGAACGGGGGGAAGUACGUCCCCCGCGCCAUCCUGCUCGACCUCGAGCCUGGCACCAUGGACGCCGUGCGCUCCGGCGCGUACGGCCAGCUGUUCCGCCCGGACAACUUCGUGUUCGGCCAGUCCGGCGCCGGCAACAACUGGGCCAAGGGCCACUACACCGAGGGCGCAGAGCUCGUCGACGCGGUCCUAGACGUCGUCAGGAAAGAAUGCGAGAACUGCGACAGCCUCCAGGGCUUCCAACUCACACACUCGCUCGGCGGAGGCACCGGCUCAGGAAUGGGCACACUCCUAAUCUCAAAAAUCAGAGAAGAAUACCCUGACAGAAUCAUGAACACAUACUCAGUCGUACCUUCCCCCAAAGUAUCAGAUACUGUCGUAGAACCGUAUAAUGCCGUCCUCUCUAUUCAUCAGCUAGUUGAAAACACGGAUGAGACCUAUUGCAUCGAUAACGAAGCUCUAUAUGACAUAUGCUAUAGGACCCUUAAAGUACCUAACCCUACGUACGGAGACUUGAACCAUCUAGUGUCUCUGACUAUGUCCGGUGUUACGACGUGUCUCAGAUUCCCUGGUCAGUUGAACGCCGAUCUUAGAAAGCUGGCGGUAAAUAUGGUGCCUUUCCCGCGUCUGCACUUCUUCAUGCCCGGGUUCGCGCCGCUCACGUCCCGCGGCAGCCAGCAGUACCGCGCGCUGACCGUGCCCGAGCUGACGCAGCAGAUGUUCGACGCCAAGAACAUGAUGGCGGCGUGCGACCCGCGCCACGGCCGCUACCUCACCGUGGCCGCCAUCUUCCGCGGCCGCAUGUCCAUGAAGGAAGUCGACGAGCAGAUGCUGUCGAUCCAAAAUAAGAACAGCAGCUUCUUCGUCGAAUGGAUCCCUAACAACGUGAAGACCGCCGUGUGCGACAUCCCUCCUAAGGGCUUGAAAAUGUCUUCGACAUUCAUUGGUAAUACUACAGCCAUUCAAGAGCUGUUCAAGCGUAUCUCGGAGCAGUUCACGGCUAUGUUCAGGCGCAAGGCUUUCUUGCAUUGGUACACUGGGGAAGGCAUGGACGAAAUGGAGUUCAACGAGGCCGAGAGCAACGUGAACGACCUGGUGUCGGAGUACCAGCAGUACCAGGAGGCGACGGCCGAAGACGACACUGAAUUUGAUCAAGAAGACCUUGAGGAGUUGGCCCAGGAUGAGCAUAAUUAGUCUUAGCUUAGUAUUUA